GUUUCUUUGCUUUAUUCAAAUUUGAGAUGAAAUAAAUUGGACAUAUUAAACUCGCUCGCUUAUCGGCGCAGAGUUUUGUUAUCACAGAUUACUGUAAUCUGUGUUUGUUAUCUAUUUCAUUUCAACGUGUAUUGAAUUAUAGUGACUUGCUCUCGAAAUAAAUCAUAUUCAGUUCACUGUAUGUUUCUUUUUUGUAGAAAAUUUGUUACGAUGAGUUUGGAAAGUGCAAAAAGGGUCGCAAGUAGAAGAGCAGUGGACGAUUUGUUGGUAAAUAACACAGUUGUCGGCAUAGGAAGUGGAUCCACCAUUGUUUAUGCCGUUGAACGUAUAGCAGAAGUAGUGAAGGAUCUCAGCUGGAACAUAAAAUGCGUUCCUACAUCUUUUCAGGCGAAACAAUUGAUCCAUAAGCACAAUCUGAAUCUGACCGAUCUAGAAACAAACCCAGAACUGGACAUUUGUUUCGAUGGAGCAGAUGAAGUUGAUGAAAAAUUAAAUUUGAUCAAAGGUGGCGGGGGCUGUUUGCUACAGGAAAAGAUCGUUGCAAGUUGCGCUAAAACUCUAGUUAUUGUUGCUGAUUAUACCAAAGAUUCAACUUAUCUUGGAGAGAAAUACAAGAAGGGCAUACCUUUGGAAGUCGUACCUAUGUGCUACUAUCCUGUUAUGAACAAAAUAAAAAAACAAUUUGGAGGGACAGUUCUGCUCAGGAUGGCACAAGCCAAAGCAGGUCCAGUAGUUACAGAUAAUGGUAAUUUCAUUCUGGACUGGUUUGUUUUUGAUGAUAAAUUUGAUUGGGAGAAAACGAACCAACAGCUUCAGCAAAUGCCUGGGAUCGUCGAGACAGGUUUAUUCAUUGAUAUGGCUGCGAGAGUUUAUUUUGGACUUGUAGAUGGUUUGGUAGAAAAAAGAGUAAAGAAAAAUUGGCACAAUCGGAAGUGA